GAUAGAUAAGACAAUGACUAUUUCUGACGUAAAAGUACAAGUAUUCACUGACUUUGAUGGAACUCUUUCUUUAGAUGAUACUGGUCUCAUUCUUAUUGAUGACCAUCGUUCUAUGGGUCCUGAACGUCGUCGUGCCAUUGAACACGAUAUUUUGGAUGGACGAAUUACCUACAAGGCUGGUCUUCAAGCUAUGUGGGAUUCUGUACAUAUUAGUUGGGAUGAAGCUUGGUCUGAAUAUUUGGAUCAUUGCAAGAUUGAUCCUGGUUUCCCUGCCUUUAAUGAUUAUUGUAUUGAACACAACUUCCCCGUCACUAUUAUCAGCAGUGGACUCAAACCUCUUUUGGAUCGAAUCAUGACCAACUUUUUGGGAGAAAAGGCCAAGGCAAUUGAUAUUGUUUCCAAUAAUGGUGAAGUACAUGGACGAGAAUGGAAGAUCAUCUACAGAGAUGAAUCAGAAUAUGGCAAUGAUAAGUCAAGAACUCUCACCAAGGCUCGUGAAGCUGCUGAACCUGGUACCAUCUUUGUCUUUUGUGGUGAUGGUGUAUCCGAUAUCUCUGCUGCUCGUCAUGCUGAUGUAUUGUUUGCUCGCAAGGAUCGUGAUUUGGAAACUUACUGUGUUCGUGAAAACAUUCCUUUUAUUCCCUUUGACACCUUCAAGGAAAUUCAAGAUGUGGUAGAAAAGUUGGUGAAUAAGAAGGCCGUGAUUGAAAAGGAUCCAAAGACUGGACUUUCCAAAGUGAUAGAUGUUUAGAUGAUAGAGAGAUUAUAUUAUAUAUAUUUGAUUUUUUUUUUUUACAAUUAGAAACUUUUCAAUAAACCAUUU